AUGCAAAGCCUAAUUCACCGGAUCUUGGGGUGGAAUAAUGAAGUUGAGUCCUGUGACCAGAGCGAAGAUAAUAAGUCCAUUCAUUCACCCUCAAAUUCUAGUUCUAGCGACUAUGAAACUUCCAAUGAUUCCUACUGGACAGCUAGUGUUGGAGAUUCCGACGCAUCAACGGCGACUAUCGGACGAUCUAUGACUCUUGAACCCAUGAUACCCGAUAUUCUCAUUGACAAUCUACUACAAGAGACCCUUGAGGACACAAGUGAGACAGCGAACCCGCACCCCUCUUUGUCAAUCAAGACAGAGAUCGCCAGGGAAGCAAUUUACAUCUAUGAGAUAAUGAAAGAGGGUGCCAUUGAUGAUACAUGGAAUAGCAAAUCCUGUCUCCUAACGCGCACGCUCAUCCAUGACAACGCAGCUCCCCCCUCGGGGUGCCUCUUCUGGCGGUGCGAUGUCAGUUACGAUCCAGAAGAUGUUGAGACAGGCGAUGUUGUGGUGCUGUUCAUGCCCGAUCGCGACUUUGUGAAGAUGAUCGAGCAAGGCGAAGUCGUCUUUGAUCAACCAAUUGAUCCAAAGCCAAUUUCAGUGCUCAGUCGGACGAUCGAUCCGGACUUUAAUGGCCCUGAGCAACGACUCGCUGGUCGAGUCUUGGCUUGGAAGGUGUUUGGUUCGGGGGAUUGUGACUGGAUGGAUCGGCAGGGUCGUCCUAUUGAUCUAGGUGACCUAGAGGUGGUCCCCAACAUCAUUCACCUGCUCAAGUGA